AUGACUACUGCAGGUCUAACAACGCCCGCCACGCUGGUCCUGGUAACCACGGCGGAUACCGACAUCCUCACCGCGGAGCGCGCUCUGGUCGGAAUGCCCUGGGGAGAUUCGGUGCAGGUGUAUGCCUGCAAUCCGGUGUCGCUGGAAGGCGACAGCGAGGCGGCAACAUCCGCGCGUUCCGAAUUAAUGGACGCGGUGGGCCGGGCAUCGGUCGUGGUCCUCCGGCUCCUGGGCGGCAAGCGCGCUCUUGGAGACACGUUCGACGCACUGGUCAGCGUUUGCGGUUCCCGCAGAGUCCCCGUCAUCGCAUGUCCGGGCCACCAGGAAUGGGAUGAGGACCUGGUUACCGCCUGUACGGCGCCGGUUGCCGAGGUGGAAACGGUUUUUGCCUACCUGAUGCGUGGCGGCGUCCUGAAUUUCCGCAACCUGUUUCUGUUCCUGUCCGAUGCCUAUUUGGGCUCCGACUACGGGCACGAGGCUCCGGCUCCAAUGCCCUGGCAGGGUAUCUAUCAUCCGGAGGUGGCCGAAGGUUCGGAGAUCGACCAGUACGUUGCCCAAAGGUACGAAAACGGCCGGCCGGCCAUCGGCGUCCUGUUUUACCGCGCGCAUUGGAUGAGCGGAAACCUGGCUUUCAUUGAUGAGCUCAUCCAUCGUCUGGAGUCGCAGCAUGUCAACGUAUUGCCGGUAUAUUCUUAUAGUCUCAAGCACACACCGGAAGACGACGACGCAGAACACAGCCAGACCUUGACCGACUACAUGGUCGACGCUGAGGGAAUCCCACGGGUCGAUUGCAUUAUCAACACGAUGGGAUUGGCGAUGAGCGAUCUGGAUCACCAGCAGGGCGGCACGGGUGCAACCGUCGCCACCGGCUGGUCGCAGGCGCUGCUGGAUCAGCUGGACCUGCCGAUCAUUCAGGCCAUCGUCAGCACCGGAAGCAGGGAAGAUUGGGAAAAAAGUUCGCUGGGGUUGGGCCCAGUGGACACCGCCAUGAACGUGGCUUUUCCCGAGUUUGACGGGCGGAUCAUCGCCGUUCCGGUGUCGUUCAAAGAAGAGACUCCGCCGGAAGGCGGUUCCCUUUCCGCCGGGCGGAUGCAGCGCUACGUGGCCCAAGACGACCGUAUGGACUACGUGGCCCGGUUGGCAGUGCGGCACGCUACCCUCCGGCGCAAAUCCAACGCAGACAAGCGCAUCGCAAUCAUCCUAAGCAACUAUCCGACCAAGGAUGCCCGCAUUGGCAACGCCGUGGGCCUGGACACACCGGCCUCGGCGAUCAACAUACUGAACGCUCUGCAACGCGCUGGCUACCACGUUGAAGACGUGCCCGCUGACGGCGAUGAACUGGUGCAUCGCAUAAUCGAGCGUUGCAGCAACGACACCGAUACCCUCACCGAGGAGCAGUUGCGUUUGGCGGCCGGGCACGUGGAACGACGUGCCUACGCCGAAUGGUACUCGCGCUUCUCGGAGACUGUUCAGGACCAGUUGCUGGAAGCCUGGGGCGAGGCUCCGGGUCAGGUGUACCGGAUCGGCGACAGGCUGGCUAUCGCCGGCGUACCGAUGGGUAAUGUUUUCGUCGGUCUGCAGCCUCCGCGGGGCUUCGGCGAGAACCCCAUCUCGAUUUACCACAACCCGGACCUCACGCCUACCCACCAUUACCUGGCCUAUUACCGGUGGAUUCGCGACGUAUUCAAGGCCGAUGCGAUGAUCCACAUCGGCAAGCACGGAACGCUGGAAUGGUUGCCCGGCAAGGGCGUUGGCCUAUCCCGGUCCUGUUAUCCCGAGGUUGCCCUCGACGACAUACCGCUGUUCUACCCCUUUAUCGUCAAUAACCCCGGCGAGGGAACUCAGGCCAAACGACGCACGCACGCCACCAUCGUUGAUCACCUGAUUCCGCCCAUGACCACCGCCGAUGCCUACGGUGACAUAGCAAAGCUCGAACAACUGAUGGACGAGCACUACCAAUGUCAAACCCUAGACCCGGCCAAGCUCCCAACCCUGGAAUCGCAAAUCUGGGAGAUGGUUCAGCAGGCCGAAUUGCAUCGUGAUUUGGGGGUGGACGCACAACCCGACGACUUCGCCAAUUUCAUGCUGGAGAUCGACGGAUACCUGUGCGAGAUCAAGGAUGCUCAGAUCAAGGAUGGCCUGCAUACUUUGGGUGUGCCGCCCACGUCCGACCAGAUGAUCGGCCUGUUGUGCGCCCUCACGCGGUUGGAUAACGGAGCAGUACCCGGUUUGCGCCGGAGCAUGGCCGAGGCGCUGGGCUUUGAUUAUCACGCGCUGCUGGACAAUCCGGCUGCGGCGGUCAAUGGGAAUACGCCGACCGUGUUGGGUUCGGCUGCCGAUGGUUCGCCCAUUCGCAACGCCGGCGACGUUAUCGAGGCGCUGGAAGCCAUGUGCCGCCGAGCCUACGAACGUCUGUGCCCCAAUGGGUUCGCUGCCGAUGAAAUCGCCGCGCUCGUGCCCGAGUUGCUGGGUAAAAUGGACGGCCAGACCGCCGGCGUCCUGGAGUAUGUGGGCCGACACAUUCAUCCCGCACUGCUCCGCACCACGGACGAAAUCGAUAACCUCCUGAGGGGACUGGACGGGCGCUUCGUGCCCGCUGGCCCUUCCGGGGCGCCCACCCGUGGAAUGGUUAACGUUUUGCCCACCGGACGCAAUUUCUACUCGGUGGACCCAAGGGCUCUGCCGUCGCCCACGGCCUGGGAUGUGGGUAAGGCGCUCGGCGACGCUUUGUUGCAGAAAUAUCUCGAUGAAGAGGGCGGAUACCCUGAGAUGGUUGGAAUCAUCGUCUGGGGCACCUCGGCCAUGCGCACCCACGGCGAUGAUAUCGCUCAAAUCCUGUAUCUGCUGGGUGUCAAACCGGUGUGGCAGGCGGAAAGCCGCAGAAUCAACGGCCUGGAAAUUAUCCCCAUGUCCGAGUUGGGCCGCCCGCGCAUCGACGUAACCGUCCGUAUCAGCGGUUUCUUCAGGGAUGCGUUCCCCAACCUUAUCUAUCUGAUGGACCAGGCCGUGGCAAUGGUCGCCGCCCAGGACGAAUCACCCGAGGACAAUUACAUCGUCAAGCACGUUCGGGAAGAUGCUGAACUCAAAGCCGCAUCGGGAUCAGGCGACGAUGAAACCCACAGUGAUGGAGACGCUUCACUCUUCCGUAUAUUCGGCAGCAAGCCGGGGGCUUACGGCGCCGGCAUCCUGGGUGUGAUCGACGAACGCAACUGGGAAUCGGUUCACGAUCUGGCCGAGGUCUAUACCGCCUGGGGUGGGUACGCAUAUUCCCGCCAGGAUUUCGGCGUCACCGCGCGCAACGAAUUUCGCGCCAGAUUCAGCCAGAUUGUAAUUGCCGCCAAAAAUCAGGAUAAUCGGGAGCACGAUGUAUUCGACAGCGACGACUACAUGCAAUACCACGGCGGCAUGAUCGCUACGGUUCGGUCUCUCACGGGCCGCAAUCCUCGCCAGUUCUUCGGCGACAACAGCGAUCCGUCCCGCCCCCGGGUUCGCGAUCUACAGGAUGAAGCGCGGCGAGUGUUCCGCAGUCGGGUCGUCAAUCCCAAGUGGAUGCAGUCGAUGCAGCGUCACGGAUACAAGGGAGCCUUCGAAUUGGCGGCCACCGUUGACUAUAUGUUCGGUUACGACGCGACGGCGCAGGUCGUCGAGGACUGGAUGUAUGAGGACGUUACCGAAGAAUACGUCCUGAAUCCCGAGAUGCAGGAAUUCUUCCGGCAGAGCAAUCCGUGGGCGCUGCGGGGGAUCGUCGAACGGCUGUUGGAAGCUAUCCAGCGUGGUAUGUGGGAAAACCCGCCGCCGGAGAUGCUGGAAAAACUGCGGGAGAUGUAUCUGGAACUGGAGACCGACAUCGAAGCGCGCCAGGAGAGUGGAACCAGGCAGUAG